GCACAGCCAACCAGCGAGCUGUGGGCGGCUCUAUGCAGAGAUCACACCCUCCCUCUGGGUUUAUUGAGAGUUAUAUCAAGAAAUCCAGCUCAGAGGGAAAGGGAGAGAGGAAGGGCGAUCCAGCCGGUGUAGGAGAGGGACAGCAGAGACCAGGAGCAUCUUGCCAUCUCCAGAGCCGUCGGUUUGGGAAUUUGCAGCAAGUAUCCCGGGCAGCAGUAGAGGUGCCCCCCCUCCACAGUGACACCUGCCAACUUCAUCACUUGCCUCCCUGUCCUUGUAUACAGAAGCAGAUGGAAGGAUCAGCCGCUGCUAAUGGGAACUAUAAGUGGCUUCACUAAUGGGACUGGAUAUGGAACCUUGUCACGUUUUACUACCGCGGAACACCUGAUGACUGGGGGACCCGGCGGAGAGAAUGAUUUACCAUCAGACUGAGUCUUUGCUUGGAGUUGCAGCAUCCGGCAUCACCGCACUGUACAGGCAGCGUUCUGCUGUGUGAUUCCCAAACUGCUCCUCAUUGUAUUGUGGCCAAUGACUGCUGGAUGGAUUCCUAGAUGCACAACAUCCGAUCGGGCAGGGGACGGAUGGGAAGUUUAGCAUGGUUGCCUUGUAUUUGGUGCGGUCCCUGUGUUUUUCUGUCGGUGUGAGAGCGCACUUCUAGAGCAUUGCCUGCAUCUCUACCUGCCUGUAUCAUCCUGCUGGAACUAAUCCCAGGCAUCAGCCUCUCUACUGCCUAAUGCAGAUGCUUGCUCCCAUGUAAUCUGCUGCUAGCAGAGCAUCUCGGCACACACUCCUUGUACUUUACUUGCAUUAUUAACCAACAGUAUUGCUGUGUGUGUGAGCUGGAAGUAUCCGAACCUUUAGCACUAGACUGCGUCUUUUCAUCACGAGCACCCCCAAUGUCCUGAUACGGGUACGCUGCUCAACCGUGGACACGUCUGGACCCAGAGCCGUCCGCUUCUGCUGGUUCCAAUUAGAAAUGAGAUGUAAGGCAUCUUGCAGUCCAUGCACGCCUCCUCUUGCAAAUCGUCACCAUUCCUCAGUGACAACCCUUAAAUCCUAAAAUCCGAGAAAACAAAGGAAGCACAUUAUCAUGGACCUAAGGGAAUUUUACCUGUUGGCUGCUCUUAUUGCCUGCUUAAGGCUGGAUUCUGCAAUUGCCCAAGAACUUAUUUACACCAUAAGGGAGGAACUGCCUGAAAAUGUACCAAUUGGAAACAUACCAAAGGACCUGAAUAUCUCACAUAUCAAUGCUGCCACCGGGACUAGCAACAGCCUUGUAUACAGACUGGUUUCUAAAGCAGGCGACUCUCCUCUGGUUAAGGUGUCCAGCAGCACUGGAGAGAUCUUCACAACAUCCACCAGGAUAGACAGAGAAAAACUCUGUGCCGGAUCUUCCCUUGCUGAUGAAAAUGAAUGUUUCUUUGAACUUGAAGUGGUCAUUCUCCCCAAUGACUUUUUCCGGCUUAUCAAGAUUAAAAUAAUUGUCACAGAUACCAAUGAUAAUGCGCCUAUGUUCCCUUCAACUGUGAUUAAUAUCUCGAUUCCCGAGAAUACGCUUAUAAACAGUCGAUUCCCAAUUCCAUCAGCAGUGGACCCUGACACUGGUUUCAAUGGAGUGCAACAUUAUGGGCUUUUAAAUGGACAAAGUGUGUUUGGACUGGAUAUAGUGGAGACACCAGAAGGGGAGAAGUGGCCACAACUCAUAGUGCAGCAGGUCCUGGACAGAGAGCAGAAAGAUACCUAUGUCAUGAAAAUUAAAGUUGAGGAUGGUGGAAACCCACAAAAGUCCAGCACUGCUAUCCUGCAAGUUACAGUAAGUGAUGUGAAUGACAACAAACCAGUAUUUAAAGAAAGUCAAAUAGAGGUACAUAUCCCUGAAAACUCUCCCAUCGGGACUUCUGUAGUGCAAUUGCAUGCAACAGAUGCAGAUAUAGGUAGUAAUGCUGAAAUCAAAUAUAUUUAUGGUGCCCAAGUGACAUCUGCUACCAAAAGACUUUUUGCUUUAAACAACACUACUGGAUUAAUCACAGUUCAGAGACUAUUAGACAGGGAAGAUACUGCAGUUCACAAGUUAACUGUCCUAGCCACAGAUGGCAGCUCCACACCCGCAAGGGCAACAGUUACUAUUAACGUGACUGAUGUGAAUGACAACCCACCUAAUAUCGAUCUCAGGUAUAUUAUAAGCCCUAUCAAUGGAACAGUAUAUCUGUCUGAAAAAGACCCAACCAACACAAAGAUAGCUCUGAUAACAGUGUCAGACAAAGACACUGAUGUCAACAGCAAGGUCAUCUGUUUUAUUGAAAGAGAAGUACCCUUUCAUUUAAAAGCUGUCUAUGAUAACCAGUACCUACUAGAGACUUCUUCUUUGUUGGACUAUGAGGGCACCAAAGACUACAGUUUUAAAAUUGUUGCAGCUGACACUGGCAAGCCAAGUCUUAACCAGACAGCCUUGGUGAGAGUGGAGUUAGAGGAUGAGAAUGACAAUCCUCCAAUUUUUACCCAGCCUGUAAUUGAGCUAUCAGUGUCUGAAAACAACCGCAGAGGUCUAUACUUAACUACUAUCAGUGCCACAGAUGAAGACAGUGGGAAGAACGCAGACAUUGUUUAUCAGCUUGGCCCUAAUGCUUCUUUCUUCGAUCUGGACCGGAAGACAGGAAUUUUGACAGCCUCCAGAGUUUUUGACAGAGAGGAACAGGAACGUUUCAUUUUCACUGUCACAGCCAGGGACAAUGGUACUCCCCCACUGCAGAGCCAAGCAGCCGUUAUUGUGACUGUGCUGGAUGAGAAUGACAACAGCCCCAAGUUUACACACAACCACUUUCAAUUCUUUGUAUCAGAGAACUUACCAAAGUACAGUACAGUGGGUGUCAUAACAGCAACAGAUUCGGAUGCAGGAGAGAACAAAGCUGUGACUCUCUCAAUACUUAAUGACAAUGAAAAUUUUGUCCUAGAUCCAUAUUCUGGUUUGAUUAAGUCUAAUGUGUCCUUUGACAGAGAGCAACAGAGUUCUUACACAUUUGAUGUCAAAGCCGUAGAUGGAGGACAGACUUCACGUUCCUCCACGGCCAAAGUAACAAUCAAUAUAAUGGAUGCUAAUGAUAAUAGCCCUGUAGUUAUUUACCCUCCAUCCAAUACAUCAUUUAAGCUGGUGCCUCUUUCAGCCAUUCCAGGCUCAGUGGUUGCAGAGGUGUUUGCUGUUGAUAUUGACACAGGAAUGAAUGCUGAAUUAAAAUACACCAUUGUCAGUGGAAACAACAAAGGUCUGUUCCGAAUAGACCCAGUGACCGGCAAUAUUACCCUUGAAGAGAAGCCUUCUACAGCAGACAUAGGCCUGCACCGGCUUGUGGUCAAUAUAAGUGACUUAGGAUAUCCCAAGCCUUUGCACACUCUGGUACUUGUGUUUUUAUAUGUCAAUGAGACAGCUGGGAAUGCCUCCUACAUUUAUGACUUGAUUCGCAGGACUAUGGAAACUCCUUUAGACCGAAACAUUGGGGAUAGCAGUCAACCCUACCAAAAUGAGGAUUAUCUGACGAUUAUGAUUGCCAUAGUGGCAGGUGCCAUGGUGGUGAUUGUAGUCAUCUUUGUGACAGUUCUCGUCCGAUGCCGGCAUACAUCAAGGUUUAAAGCUGCCCAGAGGAGCAAGCAAGGGGCAGAGUGGAUGUCGCCGAAUCAGGAAAGCAAGCAGAAUAAGAAAAAGAAAAGGAAGAAAAGAAAGUCUCCUAAAAGUUCCCUGCUGAACUUUGUAACCAUCGAGGAAUCUAAACCUGAUGAUACAGUUCACGAACCUAUCAACGGGACAAUUAGUCUUCCAGCCGAGCUGGAGGAACAAGGAAUGGGACGCUUUGAUUGGGGUACUGCUCCUCCAACCACCUUCAAGCCUAACAGCCCUGACCUAGCUAAGCAUUACAAAUCUGCCUCUCCGCAGUCUGCUUUUCAUCUUAAAGCAGAUACUCCGGUGUCGGUGAAAAAGCAUCAUGUCAUUCAGGAACUCCCUUUGGACAACACCUUUGUUGGGGGUUGUGACACCCUCUCCAAACGCUCUUCCACUAGUUCAGAUCACUUCAGUGCCUCAGAGUGCAGCUCCCAGGGUGGCUUCAAGACUAAAGGUCCCAUACACAGCAGACAGGCUGAAAACAUGUCCUGAUCAAGGCCAAGUCAGAGCGACUCAGUGAGCACCCAUCUCAAUUUAACUUUAUUAGGACACUUUUUCAACUUCUGGAUGUAAACAAAAAGCAAGCAGAGGUCUUGUAAACUUUGUGAAAUUGAAACUUCUAUUUGAUAUUUACAUAACUUAAUUAUACAAUGAAAAGCAUCAUUUUGGUUAUAUAAGCAAUAUGUGGAUAAUUUAUCUGGCAAAGGAGUGGAAAAACAAGAUAUUACAGUAUACAAAAGCUUUAUAACUCUUAUAUUAAGAAUAAAUCUGUGCAAAAAAGUAAAUUUAUAUCAGGUGGCUCCUUAAAGAAAUGAAAAAUGUUCAAAGUUUAACCUAACCAUAUAUGUGUGUCUAUAGAACAUAAUGAAAACAUACCUUAAACUUUGUGUUAUUUGAAACUGAUUUGCCAUCUGGAAAAUAUUACUGUAUUUAUCACAUGCGUAAUCUAUAAUCCAGAACAAUUAGACAUAUAUAGACCCAUAGAUUGUGCCUGGUUGUGUGUAAUAUGCUAGUAUUGUGUGUUUGGAUACAUAGUAGAGAAAGACCUAUGUGAUAUCAUGGGUUGUUAUUAUAAAUCAAACGGUAUUGAACACUAUACUGUAUUAUCAUUAAUAGAAAACUAUAUAUUAGAAUCCCAUUUAGCUCAACUUCUCUACAGAGUGUAUGUGUUUAAGUAUUACCUAGGUCCCCAACUAGAAAAUAUUAAGUAAAUCUAUAUGGUUGUUCCAAAUCUAAUAAUCGUUGCAACCAUUUGUACUAUUCAUUGAAAAACAUAAUAAAUGUAUCUUAAAGAAAACGUAGAACUAAAAUUGUACCAUGAGUGCUACAUGGAAUCUGUAAUGUUAAAUGGACAUUUUUGUUUAUACAAAAGUCCUUGAAGCGGUUGAAGUCAGCCUUUAUGUUGAGUAGCUCAAUAGAGUUUCCUCUAUUCAUUUUUGUUGUAUUAAGGUCAGAGGACACAAUGAUGUAGCAAUUGGGGGAGAUUUAUCAAAACCUGUCAAGCGGAAAAGUUGCUAAGUUGCCCAUAACAACCAAUCAGAUUGCUUCUUUAAUUUUUGAAAAGGCCUGUGAAAAAUGAAAGAAGCAAUCUGAUUGGUUGCUAUAGGCAACUGGUCAACUUUUCCUCUAUGCAGGAUUUGAUAAAUCUCCCCCAUUGGCUAUAGACCCAUAACUGAAGUUAGCUUUUCAACCCCAACCACCACAAAAUAGGGGUAGCAUUUAUAUGACAUACCAUACACUAGCUUUAAAACCAUGUGCCAAGGGGUUUGCAUGGUAUUGACCUGUAUACAGUUUGUUCAGUGUGUAUAGCUCUGACUGUAGGUCCUCUGUGCUAGAAGCUCAUUAUAACAUUUUAUUUUAUAAAAUGAUCUAUGAUAUGAUGUCUGAUGAAAUCAAUGGACAUCAAUAGCAUCCACAGUUUUCAGGGAUAAUCCCUGCUUUCCAAUAGAUGAUCCCAUUGUAUUAGCUAAGUCUGUCCUAACAGUCUAUAUGGCAUAACUACAUAUAUACUAUAAAUGUUGGUUAUUUAGAGAUUUUUAGUGUUCUUCAAGCAGCAAAUUUCCUCUUUGACUUUUCAAAUUCCCGUAUGUUAUAAAUAAAUCAAAGAAUCACAAUAAAGACACAUUUUAUACAACAUAGAUGACUUUUGGAGUUCAGAUAAUAUAUUGUAUCCUUAUACUAUAUACUGUAUGCAUGCAUAUGUAGCAGCUAACAUGCCAACAGUACUUGUGAUUCCACACUACAUACUUACUUACCUUGCCUUACUUUAACUGAUACCGCUAUAUUAGUCACUGACUAUAAAUAUUAGUUAUCUCCUCUUCCCAUUGUGCACAGCCAGAGGCUUGAUGUAUUGAAGCUUAUUUUAUAGUCAAUUUGCAUAUGCAUUCCUAACGUAAACUAAAUGUUAAUAGUUCUGAUGACAUUUCCGUCUGACUGAUGGCUAGAUCCAGGAGACACCACAAACAUAGCAGCAACCAACAAAGCUGAGGAUUUAUGAGCACCACAAAUGUUGAUUAAAUAGCUUUUAUACUAUGGCCUCAAUAUCUCACGCUGACAAUAAUCCCCAUGCAACCCUAAACUAUGUAGGUUAUAGCAAAAAUAAUCACAUUUUCUUUCAAUUGUGAAUUGUGUACAUAUGGAACAGACAACUGGUUUAAAAACAAACAAAAAUAUAUCUAAUAACUAGAACAAAUUUCAGUUUUAAAGUGCAAUUGUUCUCUCUAGGCUUCUGAAAAGUUAAGUAUUCCGUUUAGUUCACGUUUAGAAAAUGUUUGUAUCUGCCCUUUAAAAAAUAAAUAAAUCAAUAAAUAACAUUGAUAUAUGCAAUAUAGUUUAUCAAUUUUAGAAAACUAGUUUGAAGUCAUGAAAUCCGUGUUAUUAGUAAAGCAAUUUAGUAAUCAAAAACAAAUGCUACAC